UUUAAAAUAUGAAACUUUUUUCAUCGAACAUAGAACUAAAUAAAAUUCCUUUCAACUUUAUGAAAUAACCAAUAAGGGUUCAGCGGGCAUCUAUGCUCAACCUUUUAGUCGGGGAUUGUUGGUUAUGGUAACAAGUUUAAAUCAACAAUCAAGAUGGGUAAAAUAAUGAAAUCUGGUAAGGUCGUACUGAUCCUUGGAGGUCGUUACGCGGGAAGGAAAGCCGUUAUCGUUAAAAACUAUGAUGAUGGAACUUCCGAAAAACAAUACGGACAUGCACUAGUUGCAGGUAUUGACAGAUAUCCCAGAAAGGUACACAGCAGAAUGGGAAAAGGAAAAAUUCACAAGAGGUCUAAAAUAAAGGCUUUCGUCAAGGUCAUAAAUUACAAUCACAUCAUGCCAACUAGGUACAGUGUUGAUUUGACCUCUGACCUUAAAGUGACACCUAAAGAUCUUAAAGAUCCAAUGAAGAGGAAGAAGGUCAGAUUCCAAACUAGAGUCAAGUUUGAAGAACGAUACAAACAAGGAAAGAACAAAUGGUUCUUCCAAAAAUUAAGAUUCUAAGAAACAUCUAUAAAUAAAGGAUAAAAUAAA